AUAACUGACUAAAAGUGACACCUACCGGCAAUAUCCAACGAUUUAUACAAAUUUAUGUAUGUGUGCCUGAAGUUUGUGGUGUUACAUGUGUAAACUUUAUUGAUAUAUUUUAUUUAGAAUUGUAGCUCUAGGUAUGGAGUUAACAGAUGACAACUUAAGAACCCUUUCAAAUUACCUCCAACAUACAUUGAGCCCUGAUGUCAAUGUCAGGAGACCUGCUGAGAAAUUCCUUGAAUCAGUUGAAGUUAAUCAGAAUUAUCCCCUGCUUUUGUUACAUCUGGUUGACAAAGAAGAUGUCCACCAAACAAUACGAGUUGCAGGUGCUGUUGCAUUCAAAAAUUAUGUUAAGCGAAAUUGGAAAGUGGAUGAUGAUGCAGGUGAUCGGAUUCACAUGCAAGAUCGAGAAGCAGUCAAACAACUUAUAGUGAACUUGAUGCUUCACUCUCCAGAAGCAAUCCAGAAACAGCUAAGUGAUGCAGUGUCCAUUAUUGGUCGCUAUGAUUUCCCAAACAAGUGGCCAGACCUUAUAUCACAGAUGGUUGAAAAAUUUGCUACUGGUGACUUCCAUGUUAUCAAUGGUGUUUUACACACUGCUCAUUCCCUUUUUAAACGAUAUCGCUUUGAAUUCAAAUCUCAAGAGCUUUGGACUGAAAUAAAGUUUGUUCUGGAUAAGUUUGCUAAACCUCUCACAGAAUUGUUCCAGGCAACAAUAAAUUUAACAACUGUUCAUGCGAAUAACACUGAGGCACUCAAAGUAAUUUAUAAUUCUCUUGUUAUCAUCUGUAAAGUCUUCUACUCCCUCAAUUUCCAGGAUUUACCAGAAUUCUUUGAAGAUAACAUGAAAAUUUGGAUGGAAAAUUUCCACAACUUGCUAACAGCAGAUGUGAAAUGUCUUCAAACUUCUGAUGAUGAAGAUGAUGCAGGACUCUUGGAACAGUUGAAAUCGCAGGUCUGUGAUAACAUUGCACUGUAUGCACAAAAAUAUGAUGAAGAGUUUCAGCCUUAUCUGCCCCAGUUUGUGACCUCUGUCUGGAACCUUCUGGUGACCACCGAUCUAGAACCUAAGUAUGAUCUGCUUGUAAGCAAUGCUCUUCAGUUUCUGGCGACUGUGGCAGACCGGUCCCAUUACAGAUACCUGUUUCAAGAUGUAAAUGUUCUCACCAGCAUAUGUGAGAAGGUUAUCAUUCCAAACAUGGUCUUCAGAGUUUCAGAUGAGGAGUUGUUUGUAGAUAAUGCUGAAGAAUAUAUCCGUCGAGAUAUUGAGGGUUCAGAUGUAGAUACAAGACGGAGAGCAGCUUGUGAUUUGGUCAAGGUUUUGUCACGGUACUUCGAGGAAAAAAUAACAGAAAUCUUCAGCUCCUAUGUACAGGUUAUGCUUCAAAAGUACAAAGAGAACCCAUGGCAGAACUGGAGAGACAAGGACACAGUACUGUAUUUAGUGACUUCACUAGCGUCUAAAGGCCAGACAGAGCGUCAUGGUAUCACUCAGACAAGCCAACUUGUUGAUUUGACAUCAUUCGCCAAUGAACAUGUCUUGCCUGAACUGCAGAAAGAUGCUGUAAAUACAUUGCCUGUUCUGAUAGCUGACAGCAUUAAAUAUGUACUGAUAUUCCGUACUAUUUUACCAAGAGAGGUCGUAGUGGGGUCAAUCCCACAGCUAGUGCGCCAUCUGACUGCUUACAGCCAAGUUGUGCAUACUUAUGCAGCUUGUGCUAUUGAAAAGAUAUUGGUCAUGAAAACCCCUGAUGGAAGUGCCAUGGUGAAGAGUGAUGAAAUAGUUCCAGUUGCACCAAGUCUUUUGAAUAACUUGUUUAAAACAAUGAAUUUGCCAGGCUCUGAGGAAAAUGCAUAUGUUAUGAAAGCUGUGAUGCGUAGUUUUUCAUCUCUGCAGGAACAUGUUAUUCCAUUUCUUGGUGAGCUGUUACCCAAAUUGACAGAGAAGUUAUCAUUUGUAGCUCGCAAUCCAAGCCGCCCUCAUUUCAAUCACUAUCUGUUUGAAACACUUAGCAUUUCUAUCAGAAUUGUUUGUGCCACUGAUUCAAAUGCAGUGGCUUCAUUUGAAGAAGCUUUGUUCCCAAUAUUUCAGGGAAUUCUUCAGCAAGAUGUUCAAGAAUUUGUUCCAUAUGUGUUCCAAAUUUUGUCACUCCUUCUGGAGCAGCAUGGGAGUGGUACAAUACCAGAGCCAUACAUGAUUCUGUUCCCUUGCUUGCUUGCUCCUGUGCUCUGGGAGCGCCCUGGUAACAUUCAUCCUUUGGUACAACUACUGCAAGCAUUUGUUCAAACUGGAGCUGCUCAAAUAUCUGCUUCGCAGAAAUUGAGUGGAUUGUUGGGAGUGUUUCAGAAGCUUAUUGCAUCAAAAGUUAAUGACCAUGAAGGUUUCUACUUGUUACAAUCUCUAGUUGAGCAUUUUCCUGAUGAUAACCUAUCACCAUACAUGAAGCAAGUAUUUGUUCUCCUGUUUCAUCGUUUGUCUUCAUCAAAGACGACAAAAUUUGUGAAAGGCUUGAUUGUCUUCUUUUCCUUAUAUGCAGUCAAAUAUGGAGCUGGAAAUCUUGUAGGAAUGGUUGACAGUAUCCAGCCAAAGAUGUUUGGCAGAUUUCUGGAUAAAGUAAUCUUCCCUGAUGUUCGGAAGAUUUCAGGUCGUGUUGAACGCAAAAUAGUAGCAGUAGGGAUCACAAAUAUUCUCUGUAACUGCAAGGAGAUGAUGGAUGGCUCCUACUCUCACCUCUGGGCACAACUUCUGCAAACUCUUAUUGGUUUUUUUGAGUUACCAGUGCUUGAGUCAACAUUACCAGAUGAUCAUUACGUUGAAGUUGAGGAUACACCUGGAUACCAAGCAGCUUAUUCACAACUGGCCUAUGCAAACAAGAAGGAUCAUGAUCCUCUGCAUGGUGUCAGCGAACCAAGAUUUCAUUUAGCAGAGAGUCUGCACAGGCUGUCUGUUGCAUAUCCUGGCCAGCUGAGUCCACUUUUAAGCACUGGUCUCUCACAUGAUGAUCUUGCACAUUUGAAAAACUACCUUCUUGCAGCAGAUGUCCAGAUUGUAUGAUCUACAUUUCCACUGAACUGUAAGAGAGAGAAUGAGUGUGUGUGUGUGUGUGAGAGAGACUUCUUUUUUUAUGUAACCUCUUGUAAGAAAUAAACAUAAUAAAAACUG